AUGCGUUUCUCCACUUCCGCUACUCUGGCUCUGGCCACGCUCGCUGUUGCUCGUCCGCAGAUUGUUAAGAAACAGGUGCCGAGGAAUAUUGAUCCUGCGAUCUUGCAGUAUGCAUUGACUGUGUGUAUCACUUCAUCUUUAUGUCAACAACAGAACCUGACAAGAUACAGCUUGAGCAUCUCGAGAACGCCUUUUACAAGAGAGCUCUCUCGUUGUGGGAUCAGAAAUCUUUUGUUGACGCCGGCUUCUCCCCUGCUUUUCACGAUCAAUUGAAAUAUAUUGCUCAUGACGAAGAGGGACAUGUUGUUUAUCUUGCAGCUGGUAUUUCUUCUCUUCUUUUCCACCCAGUUUGCUGGAACUAAUUCAUGCAGGUCUCAAGGCUGCUGGAGCUAUGCCUGUCGAAGCUUGUCAAUACACCUUCCCCAUGACAGAUCCAAAGUCAUUCGUCAAGAUGGCUUCCGUUAUCGAAGGUCUUGGUGUCAGUGCAUACCUUGGAGCAGCAGCAGAUAUCACCUCAAAGGCAUACUUGACAGCAGCCGGUAGCAUCUUGGUGACAGAAACUCUUCACGUACGACUAUUUCCCCUGAAAUGAUGAUUCAACUGUUGACAGCUUAACAGCAAUCCGCCACUCGCGGUGCCAGUGGUGAAAUACCCAUGGCUAACGUUUUUGGUACUCCUCUUGGUCUCAACGCAGUUUACACCAUCGCGAGUCAAUUCAUUUCCGAGUGUCCAACGACAAACGCUGCACUCCCAGUCAUGGCCUACCCAGAGCUUGUCACUGUUACAGCUGGUGCUGUAGCUACAAAUGCAAUUGUCGACCUUCUGCCAUCCGUGACACUCAAUGGGACGUAUUACACGACCUUCGUGUCUGGGCUUGACAUCAUCCCAACCACACCCAAGGGAAUUCUCGAUGGUAUGAUUCAAGCCAUUGUCCCUUCUGCCGUUCAGGGCCAGAGCUAUGUCUUCUUGACCAAAGAUAAUUCUGGGAAUUUGACGGAUUCGAAUAUCAUCGCGGGUAAGUUGCAGUUAUUUCCUCAGUCUCGAGCCAUCUGGAUAGGGGUUAAUGUACAGCAGGACCUGCCAUCAUCGAAGUCACGCCUAAUUCACCAACCUUCAACCUCACCAUAACCAGAUAAACCAAUGUGACAAAACACUGACAGCAUUGUGCAUUUUCAGAGAUUUUUUUGGAAGAAUGAAAUAUCACGUCUCUCGCUUUGAAGGAAAAAGAAAAAAAAUAAUGGAUUGUGCGUGGAAGCAAUUUUGGUACCUUUUGGACGUUUAUGAAGAAUCAUUUCGGAAGACUUUGUCUUUGUGUUUCUUGGAAGGGAUAUUGUUGUUUUUGUUUUGUACGAUACGAUACGAGUAGUAGAUGAUACCUAAUUGUAAUAAAUUUAUU